AUGAUUGAAGUGGAGACGAGUGAUGGACGUAUAUUUAGAGUAGAUACAAAACAAGCAUACAAGAGCGUUCUGAUAAAAAACGUAUGCACAUCAACAGUGUGCAAAUAUCCCAUUUCUCUUAAAGUCUCGUCGUCUACGUUCGAGAUAAUCCAAAAGUACAUGGAGAUAGAUACUUCCCAACUAUCCGAAGACUAUAAUCCAUUGGAGAUAAGAUUCAAGCCGUCAGACUUGAAUUUUUUCAUGGAGUAUGACAAUAAGAAGCUGCUGGAUGUGUGUAAUGGAGCAAACUACCUUGAGUAUCCAUAUCUUCUUGAGCUAUGCUGCAAGAUUAUUUCGGAUAAAAUGAAAUACAAAAACACAAAAGAGCUUGCAGAGUUUAUUGGAGUGGAGUAUAAUAUUACAGAUGAAGAGCUGAUGAGAAUAGAGAAGGAAUUUGAAUGGAUAUCGUCUGACGAGUAG